UUUAAAACAAAUACAUUUUUUCCAUCCCCCAAACCCCAACCUCCCUCUAUGCUUUGGUUAUUCAAGUAUUUGUCCAGAUACUUAAAACAAGAGAGCAUUUGCCUCUGCCCUUAGACAGUGCUUGGCAAAUUCAGUCACUCUCUGCAUUUAAAAAUAUUCCUCAAUCUUCUCCCCAUUCACUAAAUCUGUGUAUUUCCUACUACCUGUAUUUCUCUGCACAGAAAUAUCAUUUCAAGGAGGAGUAAUGCACAUGAAUGUGGAGACAAGACUACAGAUGCUGGAACCUGGAGCAACAAAGAUGCUGCCUUUUCAUCUGUUGGUGCUUAGGAAUAUUCCUGCCAUGAGAUGGCAACAGUGCACAUAAAUAUGCCAGACAGAAACGUGGACUGUUUAUUCCCAUCCACAGAUGCUGUCUGACCUGCUGAGUUCCUCAGCAUUUUGUGUGUGUUGCUUUAAAUAUACUUGUGAUUAGAUUUAUGUAAUAGCCCAUCAACAAAGGACUUCUGUGAUUAGAAGGGUUUUCCAGCAGAGAUAAGUUAGUUCAGCACGUAGAGAUGUUGCUGCAGUUUGUAGACAGGAGAGCAUGUCAUGUUCCAGUGGCAGCGCUAAAGGAAAUGUUGAAGGAGCCCAGACUGAAUCAGAAUUAUUAUCACUGAUUGAAAUUACAUGUAACUUGUUACAUACACCUGUUAGGGUGCAUUCUCCAGAUACCUUGUGAGGUAACCGUAGCCUUCAGCUAGGAGCAGAUGUCAUCAGGUGGUUCCCAACCUUCACAGAGUGUUUUGACCCUUAACCACAACAUUCUCCAGUUGGUGGACCAGCAGUGGUGGCCAAAUCACUGCCCAUCUGCUCCUGGCUUCCAGCUUCCCUCCUCUCAUCUACUCAUUCUGCCUCUUCCCCCCCUCCCCCAUCCUACAAGCUGCUUGUUUUUCGCUCCUUUCAUCCAGGCCCAGAGCUGACAACAACAGCCAUGCUGAUUUGGCUGGGAAACCUCUGCAGCAGAUCUCCACAGGGAACAACCAUGCCUACCAUCCCUUGUCUUUGCACUCCUGCACUAAGGGCUGGUACUUCAAGGCCUUUCUCUCAUGGCCUCUUCCCAUCCCUCCUCCCACAGCACUGCCAGCUCAACAAGAAUUAUUUUCCGGUCUUCAAUUGACCACAAUACAAUGUCUGGGCGGAGGGUUGUGCGCACCACUUCCAGGAACUGCAGCCUCCUUCCCACAUCAACCCUCAUCUCCCAGGACCUGGCCAUUAGCAGCAGAUUUGGCUUUGGUUGUUUGGUUACGAAAGGCCUGGCUCCCUCUUUGAUAAAGGUGAUGGCCUUCCUCAAAUCUGUGCCAGCAGUCCUCUUCUUGCAUCUCUCUCGAUCUAGUGUGUAAGCAAGAGCCAGCAGCACCUUAUCAUGGUGCCACCCAAACCGUCCUUGAAUUGGAGCUGUUUUACACCCAGAUAGUAUAUGAGCCAGUGUCCCCUUUUGACCACAGAGCUUACAGUUUGGGUCUUCUCUCAUCCCCCGUGUGUAUAGAUGUAAUGGCGAAGGAAGGGUGUCAUACAUGGAUUGCAAGAGGAAGGAAAUACGGAAAGGCUCCAGUCUCCAUAACUCUGCCCAUGAGAUCUUGCGCUUGGGCAGAUCCCAUUUUGUCCAGGCACCCUGGGAUGCUUGUUCCACUGACUUUGACAUCCACUUCUCUUCUUCACUGAUCUGUACUUCUGCCUGUACCAUGUCUCGCCUGUUCCUUAUGCUUGCAUUUCCCCAUUACUGGAAGUGAACUGACCUGAGGUCUUGCCGCCUGACGCAGGGGUUGCCAGUGAUAUCUCUCAGCUUCAGAGAACACACUAUCUGCUCUACUGCUGCUUUGGCUGCCCACUUGCGCCCAGAUCUGGUUGUAACGCCUGCUUGCUUUACCAGAUCGUCAUUGGAAUCUCUCAAGUUUAAUAAGGCUCUGCAUUUAGCCACCUUGAAUUCCUCCACAACAGAUGGCGGGAAGCUGCAGUUGCUCAGAUCGAAUAUAGAGGCCCACUGAAGAGAAGCUUAGGGGAACACCUAACCAUCUCUCCAGGUGCUUGUUGAUUUUCCUCUCAAUGCCCUCUAUGGCAGUCAUGGAGAACUCAUAAAGUGUGAAGAGCCAGAGAAGCCUGGGCAGAAGGCCGUAUUGGUACAGGAGGUCUUGAAUUUACCGGGAAGUCCGGAUUUGUCGACCUUCUUCAGCCAUUCAUCUGUCUGCUUCACAGCAUUGGUGACAUUGGCCCUAUCUGUCAGUGAUGCAUUAAACCACUUUCCCAAGCAUUUUAUUUGGUUAUCUUUGAUGGAAGGGAUGACCUCACCCUGAAUUUGGAGGCUAAACUUGCUAGUUACUUAGGCCCUUUCUGAUCACCAUACACUUGGACUUCUUGGCCUUGUAGGACAUCCUUGCCCAAGUGGCUACAUUGUCCAGGGUUUCCAAUACCCAUCUUGCUUGGACAUGUGACAGUUGUUAUAGAGAUGUUGUCCAUGAACCCUCGUAGAGCUGGCUGGGCAAUGCCCAACUCCAGUGUCGGGCCGCAGGUUACGUCUUCUGCUGCUGAUAUUAGGAGGUUCAUUCCCAUAAUAAAUAGGGUGGGGGAGAUGGUACACCUUGUUGGAAUCCCCUUCUGGAGGUCCUGCCAACUAGUUGUGAAAUGGGCUGAUGUAAAAUAUGAGUUUGAAUCCUCCUAGGUAGCUGGUGAUCAUGUCUCGAAUAGCCACUGGGAUGUAGUAGUGGUCAAGUCCUUCGUGGAUGAGGUCAUGUGGAAUAGACCCAUAGGCGUUCGCGAGGUCUAACCAGACAACUGUUAGGUCACCUUUUUUCUGCUUGGCCUCACAGAUCAAAUGCUAUGUUGUCUGUGGUUACCGCUGGUAGGAGUGGAGGAGACAUUGAUCUCGCCCUCCCCUCCCCUCCCUCCUCAUGCCCUGUAGCUCUGCUCUUCUCCCUCCCUUUCUCUCUUCCUGCCCUCUUCCCCCUUCACCCCUCAAAGUUCAAAGUACAUUUAUUAUCAAAUUAUGUAUACUAUAUACAACCUUGAAAUUUGUCUUCUUGCAGGCAGCCACAAAACAAAGAACCCUAAUAGAACCCAUUAAGAAAAUAAGUCUGUCAAACACCUAGUUUGCAUUCUGACCCGACAUUAAAUCAAUCAAAUAUUGGCUUGUUCCUCUGUCUUGUGCCUGGCCCCACUGCCUAAACUCUACCUCAACUCAAUUCUGUUCCUCUCUCCUCCCAGCCUCUUUCCCAUCCUAUCCUCUCUCUCCCUCCUCCCACCUCUCAAAUCCUCUACAAUAUUUGAUAGGCUGAGUACAGGAGCAAUAUUUCAUGUAGAACCAAGGGUCAAAGUCAAGUUUAUUGCCAUCUACACGUCCAUGUAUGCACAGGUCUAAUGAAAAUCUUGCUUGCAGCAGCAUCACAGGCAGAGUGUCAAGUAAGCAUCAUUCACAAGAAAAACAAAUUAUGCAAAUAGUAAAAUGGUCAGAUCAAAAUAAGAAUGAAAUGUACAAAGCAGUUCACAUUAGAUGACUUCAAUGUAAAGAUUUUGGUUGAGGUAAAGUCAGCAGUUAGUAAUAUGAAAUAAAUUUAGUUCACUGCAUCUCACUUUGUGGAGUGUGGUAAAUAAGGUUGUUGAAGUGCAGGCACAGAGAAAUGUGGGAGUGGAAUGUGUUUAUAACAGAAGAGAGCAAGCAUUAGAUCUUAAACACGAGAAAUACUGGAGGAACAGCACAUCGGGCAGCAUCUAUGGAAACGAAUAUACAGUCAAUGUUUUGGGCAGAGACCCUUCUUCAGGAUCAUUGGACCUAUGCAUCCCCACAAUUAUAUUGGAGCUGUUCUGGUUCAGGUGUAACCCAUCCAUCUCGCAUAGGUCUCACCUUCCCCAAAAAGAUCCAGAACUCCAAAGCCCUCCCUAUCCCUUUAGCCACAUAUUUAUCUGAGCUAUCAUCCUAUUUCUAUACUCACUAGCACGCAGCAUUACUUAUUCAGUUAUGACUGGUGAGCUCAGUGCUGUGUAUUGUGUGUCUGGCAUCAUGUGGAAAUUCCUUGCACCUUGUGGUCUGGAUAACUACAUCUGUGGGAGAUGCCUCCAUUGCCUACAAAUGUUGAUUGCAUCAUGAUCUGAGUGGUUGUGAAUGGAAUAUAGCACUGUGCAAUCACCUUCCAAGUAUCUUCAAAGCUGAUCUUAUAAAGGAAAGAACUGAAGAUGAUCGAUCUUAAAAUACUGAGGCAUAACUUUUCUAAUUUUGUAACUGUUUCCUCAGCAAUAAGCAAGAACACUUAACUUUUCCAGUUAUGUCUCAGUUUUGUAUGGAUUCUCAUCUGCAGAAUCUGAAACCCUCUAAUGCAGUAUUUCUUUAGUCAAGCAUUCAUUUAUAAUAUUCUAUUUCAGUGUUUACUGGUACUUGGCACUGGAAUUAAUCUGGAGAUUACCGACUUUGAGUUCUUUCAUUUAAUCUCUUGACCAGCUUUAUGUAAUCUGCCAACAGCAGUACUUCCCUCUUUCUGUGUGUGUGCGUGUGUGUAUAGAAUAAUCUAUAGCUAUCCACACUUUGCUGUCAUAUUGCCAUACCAAGGUCACAAUUAUACUAAAAUGAUGGCUGCAGUUGCAGAAGCACUUGUCCCACUUGCUAACCAUUGAAUUGCCAAUCAUUGGAGGUUUCCUAACCUCUCAAUGAGGGUCAGGCCACUGAAACUGAGGUGCAUCGGAAUUCCUUCUCUCAGCAGGCAUUGAAUCUCUGGAAUUCUCUGCCCCGAGGACAGUGGAGGCCAGAUCAGUAGGUAUAUUUAAGAUGAAGAUACAUUAAUAAAUGAAAGAUUGCAGGGAACUGACACAGAAGAGAAUUUGAGGCCUCCAUAGCUCAGGCAUAUGGCAUGGGGAGGUAGGCUUGAGGGAACUGCUGGCCUACUCUUGCUCCUAUUUUCUUGUGUUGCUGUGGUUUAGAUGCAAUGGAAUGAGUAGUCAUCUCUGUCCUCAGGGCAGAGCAAUUCCAGGCCUUCAUUGCUCGAGGGAUUGAAGCAGGGAGGUUAUGCUGAAACUGUACAGGGUAUUGGUGGAGCCACACAUGGAGAACUGCGUGCAGUUCUAGUCUCCUUACUUGAGGAAGGAUAUACUGGCUUUGGGGGUGGUGCAGAGGAGGUUCACUAGGUUGACUCCAGAGAUGAGUGGGUUAGACUAAGAGGAGAGUUUGAGUAACCUGGGACUAUAUUCGAUGGAAUUCAGAAGAAUGAGAGGAGAUCUUAUAGAAACAUAUAAAAUUAUGAAAGCAAUAGAUAAGAUAGAGGCAGGAAAGUUGUUUUCACUGGUAGAUGAGACUAGAACUAGGGGACAUAGCCUCAGGACUUGGGGGAGUAGAUUUAGGAUGGAGAUGAGGAGGAACUGCUUUUCCCAGAGAGUGGUGAAUCUGUGGAAUUCUCUGCCCAAUGAAGCAGUGGAGGCUACCUCAUUAAAUAUAUUUAAAACAAGGUUGGAUAGAUUUUUGCAUAGGCAGGCAAGUGGAGAUGAAUCCAUGGCCAGAUCAGCCAUGAUCUUAUUGAAUGGCGAAGCAAGCUCAACGGGCCAGAUAGCCUCCUCCUGCUCCUAUUUCUUAUGCUCUUAUGGAUAAGGUAUGAUGAAAUGGCUGAUCAGAUGCGGUAGGCCAAGUGGCCUAGUUCUGCUCUGAUAUCUUAUGGUCUUAUACAUGCAUGUAACAUCAUAUAAACAGUACAUACAUUAAACAUAAAUUAAAUACAGCUUUUAGAAGAAAGACAAAAUUAGAGCAAAAAGUUUACAAGAGGUUCCUGGCAGUGAGGUAGGUAUACUACUACUGAAUCUUUGUAUGGCUGGACUGCCUGUAGUGCAAAGAUCUUGACCAUACGCACCGAACAUUACCCUAAGAACACCCACCUGCUCCUCAUUCCAGUUCAGCCGGCAGCUGCCCACAACCUCUUCCCGUUGCUGCGAUGCAGCUUCUCGCGUUGCCAUGGCGCUGGACCGUCUUCAUCCGUUGCCAUGGCGCCGCGCUGGAGGGUAACAACAUUCCGCCGGCAACGCGCGUGCUCACUGAGCGUCUGAGCCGGUUGUGUGAAGAUGGCGGGUGGAGUUUCGUUGCUGCGGCUUCUGGUGCUUUACUUCGUGCUGGCGGAGAGUUGUCAAGCAUGGGCACAGCGGGUAACAACUGAGAAUCCGAAUCUUGUGGUGAAUGAGUUUGACAGAGAUCUGACAAAUCGAGCAGAGCUCCAGGGAGACUCCUCUAUAAAAAUAUUCAAUGUGACCCGUAAGGACACUGCUGUCUACCGCUGCGAAGUUGCAUUUGUUGAAACAGGUCACCUGGAUGAAGUUUCUGUUAAUCUGACAGUACAGGUGAAGCCAGUUACGCCAAAAUGUUCUGUGCCGAAGUCGGUUCCAGUGGGGAAGGCUGCCAUUUUGACAUGUCAUGAACAUGAAGGUUAUCCACCUCCUAUGUAUACCUGGUACAAAAAUGGUGUCGUUGUUCCACCUGAUCCAAAAUCAGAUCCAAAAUUCUUUAAUUCUUCUUACAAGAUAAACGACAAUACAGGAACUCUGCACUUCAGUGUCACCUCGAAGCUGGAUAUUGGAGAAUACCACUGCAUGGCGAUGAAUCGUGCUGGGCAGGCAAAAUGUGAGCCUCAACGGAUGGAAGUCUAUGACAUUAAUAUUGCUGCGAUCAUUGGUGGCAUUCUCAUUGUGGUUCUUGUUCUGCUGAUCAUAAGCAUAGUCAUCAGGCUUGCAUAUAAACGUGGAUACUUUGCAAAAAAACAGCCUGCGAACAGAUAUCAGGCUUCCUGUAAAGCUGAUAGUGUUGAUUAUGUCAGAUCCGGUCCAUUGGAUGCUGAGGGAGAUUUUCGACACAAAUCUUCUUUUAUUAUCUGAGAAGGCAAGAACAGGGGAGAAAACCCUUAAAUUCAUCAUUGGUUUGAGCUCCUUUACACAUUUAUCUAACACAUCCACAGAUCUGUAAGAAAUUUAAUACUAGAGAUUUAUAAGAUGAAACUUUUUUUGCCAAAGCUGUUAACCAAUCUUUUGCUAUGAAAUAAAGAUGUUUUAUUCUCUAA